AUGCCACUCAGUUUCGACAAGGAAUUCUGGAAGGCCGCUGGCCCCGUCCUCGCCAUCAGACCUCCAUCCCAAGCAAAGAACGCCUUGCAGCUGCGCGCUGGGAUCAACGCUGGCUUGGCGGCGUUCGCCAAAGGCGCGCUACCCGAAGGCAUUGUUGAGACCAAACACCAAAUCACAUCGUUCGAUGGGGAGCAAAUUGCUGUAUAUCAAUAUGCGAACGAGUUGACAGACACGAGCAACAAGCAGCCGGCUUUCGUAUAUGUUCACGGCGGCGGGAUAGUGGCAGGCGAAAUCAAGCCCUACAGCAGCCUCCUUGCGGCGAAUUGCGCCCACAACACCGGAGUCCAGAUGUUCGCGGUAGAAUAUCGCCUGGCGCCGGAGUUUCCCUACCCAACGCCUGCAGAGGAUUGCUACGCCGCAUUGAAAUGGCUCAACGAGAAUGGAGAGAAGCUCAAUAUCGACUCUUCCCGCCUUGGAUUCUAUGCGCUCAGCGGCGGCGGCGGGCUUGCAGUCGGUGCUGCGUUGAUGGCACGGGAUCGAGGUCUGUCGCCACCAUUGGCAAAGCAGAUUCUCAUAUAUCCCAUGCUUGACGACAGGACCAACAUACAACCGGAGAACCCGCUCUACAACUUCCUGACGUGGACGAAUAAAGCGAAUCAGAUCGGUUGGAAUGCCUACCUAGAAGACAAAGCCGGAACAGACGAGGUUCCCGAGUACGCCGCUCCAGCAAGAGUCACCAAUGUUGAGGGCCUUCCGAGUACAUAUAUCGAUGUUGGUGGGUUAGAUCUAUUCUGCGCCGAGUCGGUGGCGUUUGCAAGCAAGCUUGCGUCGGCAGAUGUCCAGAUGGAGAUCCACGUGUAUCCUGGGCUUCCGCACAUUUUUGACCUCUUUGCUGGGAGCAUUGAGCCGACAGAACGCGCAAAAGAGAACAGAAGAAGGGCAGCAAGGAGCCUUUAA